AGGGCCCAUUUAUUCCAAGGUGGAGCGGUGGGAGUAUUUCUACCCGAAACCUAGAGAAUAGAGAUCUCCGAAUGGGAAGCGAAGAGGAGAUUCCGGUGGUUGUGAUCACGGGAUGCUCCCAGGGAGGGAUAGGCCACGCGCUCGCGCGUGCCUUCUCCGAGAAAGGUUGCAGGGUGGUGGCGACGAGCCGAUCGCGGCGGACGAUGGCGGACCUCGACCAGGAUCCGAGGUUCUUCGUCCAGGAGAUGGAUGUCCAGUCUGAGCAGAGCGUGAGUAAGGUUCUGUCCGAGGUCAUCGAUAAGUUUGGUCGCAUCGACGUUCUCGUCAACAACGCCGGCGUCCAGUGCGUCGGACCUCUCGCCGAGCUUCCCUUGUCCGCCAUGGAAAACACCUUCAACACCAAUGUGUUUGGUUCCAUGAGGAUGGUCCAAGCUGUUGUUCCUCACAUGGCCUCUAAGAAAAAGGGGAAGAUUGUGAACAUUGGGAGCAUCACAGUUAUGGCGCCAGGGCCUUGGGCUGGAGUCUAUACAGCAUCCAAAGCUGCUCUUCAUGCCCUGAACGACACCUUGAGGUUGGAGCUCAGACACUUUGGAAUAGAUGUCAUAAACGUUGUCCCAGGAGGCAUCAGAUCAAACAUAGCAAACUCCGCUGUAUCGACCUUCAACCGGAUGCCUGAACUGAAACUAUACAAACCUUUCGAGGAGUCUAUCCGGGAAAGGGCGUUCCUGUCACAGAAGAUUAAUCCGACCCCCGCAGAAACAUUCGCCAAAGACACAGUGGCUGUGGUCCUGAAGAAAAAUCCUCCCCCUUGGUUCUCUUCAGGCCGGUACUCUACUGUCAUGGCAGUCAUGCACCAUCUCCCCAUUGGUGUCAAAGAUUUCCUCUUGAAGACCUUCAUGAAAGGUUAGACAAAACUUGCACUUCAACUUGUUGAGAUACGAUGAACAAAACCAGGUUAUAUGUUAACCGAGAACCAUUGUGAAGAUUUCUCUCCUGUUCCAAUGUACUUUUGAAUAAGUUGUUUCCUGACAAUACAAAACGAAUAGACCA